CGUUGCUGUCUCGAUGAUUCAGCCCGGUGGAGGCAUUGUGGAGGCUGACCACAGCAGCAACAGCCAUCCAUCGUUGUAAAAACGGCUCACAAUGUCAAUCGCUGUCCCCCACCGCACUUUGUUGUCUUGUUCACCAUGUCGCCCCAAUCAAAGCUCUUCGCUCCUAUCACCGCCGGCUCUCUCCAGCUCGACCAUCGUAUCGUGCUCGCGCCCAUGACCCGGUUCCGUGCUGGCAAGGAGGACGGUGUGCCUUCUGCUGACCACAUAAAGUACUAUGAGCAGCGUGCUUCCAAGGGUGGUCUUUUGAUCUCUGAGGGCACCUUUGUCUCCAAAGAGGCUGGAGGAUAUCUCUCCGUUCCGGGGCUCUGGACUAAAGAGCAGAUAGAGGGCUGGAAGCUCGUCACUGCCGCCGUUCACGCCAAGGGCGGAAAGAUCGCGGCUCAGCUUUGGGCUCUAGGGCGUGUUGCCGACCCAAGCAAUGUAGACAAGGUCGUUGCCCCCAGUGAUGUUCCCCUCGCUGGAGGCCCCCAGACUCUCCACGUCUUGACUGAAGAAGAUAUAAACCGAUUUGUCGAGAGCUUUGCUGAGGCCGCUCGGAACGCCGUUGAAGCCGGGUUCGACGCAGUCGAAGCACACUUUGCCAACGGCUAUCUUCCUGACCAGUUCAUUCAAUCCGUCAGCAACAAGCGUACCGACUCUUACGCCGCCUCCACAUUCAAAUUCCCUCUUCGUAUCCUCGAUGCCUUGACCACCGCCAUUGGCCCCGAACGUGUUGGAUUCCGAAUUUCGCCCUACAACACUUUCCAAGGUAUGCGUGAAGCCAAGCCCCUUGAUACUUUCGUCCCCUUUGUCAACAAAGCCCUCGAUGCUCACCCCGCCCUCGCUUUCGUCCAUGCUGUCGAACCCCGAGCCGAUGGGUUUGACGUGAAGGAUGACGUGGGAGAAGAUACACUCGAACCGAUUAGGCAGAUCAUCAAGGAGAAGGGGAAGGGCACCAGAUUCAUUGUGGCGGGUGGUUUCAAGCCCGACAGCGCUAUUGCGCAUGCCAAUGCCACUGAUGACUUGGUGGCUAUUGGGAGGUACUUUAUUUCCAACCCCGAUAUUGUCGCACGUAUCAAAAACGGCCACCCCCUCGCUGAGUACAACCGUGAUACGUUCUACAGCCCUGGUCCUGAGGGAUACACCGACUACCUCGAGUAUAAUGCGAUCAAGCAAGACCAUGCGGCUGAGGCAGUUGCCCCUGCGAUCGCUUGAGUCCGCGCAGAUGUAGCCAAUCUAUCCUAUACUAUGGUUCUUCAAACAGACAUUGUUUGGCGGUACUUCAGGCUUUUUGUAGAUAUUUAGAUCUCAUCCACAAUCAUGAACUAUUGUAUCUUGC